GGGGACAGUGUCUCUCUCUGUGUGUGUGUGUGUGUGUGUUAAUAUUUGAUUAGAGGGAAGAGAGCAGAGAACUGGUACCAUUUUGCCGUGCAGAGCUGUUUUGCAACACAAAGUGCAACACAUCUUUCGCUUCUUCUGCUUUUUAGCAUGUGGCUUUGAGGGCGUCUGGAGGAAACUGUUGCAUUUGCAAACACACACUGACAAAAAAAGUGCAGCAGCAAUGGAGGUCUUGGUGCUGAUCGACUUCGAGGGGACGAUGGGGGACGAGAUGACGGUGCGUGCGGGAGAUGUGGUGAAGAACGUCACCAAGGCCCGGGAGGACGGCUGGCUGCAGGGGGAACUCGGGGGUCAAAAAGGGAUCUUUCCGGCCAACUUUGUCAAGGAAGUGCCAGUGUAUUUAAUUGGAGACAGCAACAGGGAGCCAAGAAGCAUGAGGAAAUCCAAAAUGGUGAAGGCACCCUCUAGAAAAUGUGAGGUGACAUUUGCAUAUGCUCCAGAGCAUGAGGACGAGCUUGAGCUGGUUGUCGGGGAGACUGUUGAAAUCCUCAGAGAGAUUGAGGAUGGCUGGUGGAUGGGAAAGAAUAAUGGCAAGAUUGGAGCGUUCCCUUCAAAUUUUGUCAGAGAGAUUUUUGUCAGUCCAAAAGAUGCCAAGGUGACGGAGGGGAAGGGCCGGCCCAAGCUCUCUGACGCCAUGUUUAACAACAAAGAGACACAGCACCAAAGGAAAACAAGUGUGCGCAAAAAAUCCUUCAAAGAAAAGGAAAGGUGCCAGGUCAUGUUUGACUAUGCUGCUUUUGCCGAGGAUGAGUUGGACAUGAAGAAAGGAGACAUUAUCACUGUCAUCUCCAAGGAUACUGGAGAUGAUGGCUGGUGGGAAGGGGAGCUGAAUGGACGACGGGGCUUUUUCCCUGACAACUUCGUCAUGGUGAUCCCAGAGAACGCCCUCCAAGCUGGUAACACUAGUAAGCCUCCAGCCCGGCAGCCCACGAUUUCAGUCAAACCAGAAAUGGAGAAAACUACACCUGACCCUACUCUUAGGAAAGAGUCAAAAGAUGACAAGCCCGACAUGAGAAGUGAGCCUCCCACCAAAAUCAAACUGCCUGGACUUCAGGGCUUACCUGGACGCAAAGCGCCGCCGCCACCUCCUGUAAAAGACAAGCCCCACUACAUACCCAAGAUCAACGGCGAGCAGAGCGCAGAGCAGGAGAAAGAGAAGGAGUCCGAACAGUUUGACGCAGUGGACGUGGCUUCGGAAAAACUGAGCCACCCCACAGCCAACAGAGCCAAACCACCUGGGAGAAGGCCACCCUCCACGCUCGCCGUCCACACUCCAGGGGACAAGGGAGAUGUUGAUGAGUCAAAGAAAAAGCUGCCAUCACCUAAGGUCACAGAGAACCAUUUACCAACCCCCGGAAAGACGGAACUUCCACACAAGCCGGCAAUAUCACCUCCACACCCGCUGGUUCUCCCCAAGGUCCUGCCUGACCUGAAGCCAGUUGUAGCCCAGGAGAAGAGCUCGUCUAUGGAUGACCUGCUGGCUGAGGUCCGGGAGCUGAAGAUGACCCUGGAUCAGUUCAAGACUCGUCAUGAAAAUGACAUUAAAGAACUGAAAGAUGAACUGAGAGAGGAGAGGAACAAGCUAACACAAUUAGAGGAAGAGGUACAGGCUCUGAGGAGUCGCCACUAGAAGGACCAGGAAGUAUAGCUUGUCACUCAGACACACUGGACAAAAGUUACACUGAUCUAUGAUCUCCUGCAUCUGAGAAAUUCCACACACACACACACACACACACACACACACACACACACACACACACACACAAACACACACACACAUACACAGGAACCUGACAGUUCUCAAGAGUCCCUGUAUAUACACAGACACACACACACACACAAACAUGUGUUGCACACCCACACACACACAAACAUGUGUUGCACACCCACAUGGUAUGGCUACUGAGAAGCAGGCACCAUCUUACUUCCCAGAGGACUGUAAGUGUAACAGUAUUGUACAAUAUAGAUCAAAUAUAUUUACAGAUUAGUACAGGGUGAGGAUGUUUUGUGGUGUUUGCUUUUAAUGUCUACUGUUGUUAUAUACCAGUGCUCUGUGGGAACGUUUUAUACUUUCUAUCUUGGGUCUAUUGUGUCUUUUGUGAAUGAAUCUUUUGUUGCACUGUUUGAGUUCUUUACGAGGUCUGGUAGAUCAAAUAUUUUCAUAACCUUUUGACAAAGACCAGAGGUUUUAUCACAGAGUGAUAUGGCCACAAAGGGCAGUCAGGUGAGUUGAUUGUUUUUAAUCCCCAGAUACUUUGCGUAUACAGGCCUACGGCCACAAGCCCUCUGUAUAGCAUGUAGGACUAUGUAUUAAAAAAAAAAAUGUAAAUUUGAAUAGAAAUGUGCCUUAUUUCAUUUGUUGUGUAUCACUUUUAGGACUUGUUUUACUUUUGCAAUACUCCAUUUCGUCAGCAGAGGGUGACUGUUAUCCAUCAAUAAUUCAGUGACAGCAUAGUCUCCUUAUGGAGUAUCUAAUAGCUGACUUUUAAAAUGCUGAAAGAUGUACAUUGAGGAAAUUGAUUUAUUGCUUUUUGUAAUGUAAUGACAUAUAUUUUGUAGUAAUGACAUAUAUUGCUUACACACACCUAUGCCCUCUCAAUUCCGAGCUUAAGUCAUACAUUCAAAAAUGCUAAAGCCUUUUUCACUUUAAUUGUCUGUUUCAGUUUGAACAUGUAGAUACAUUUAAUUUAAUUCAAUAAUGGAGAUUAAAAACGAAUCCACUAAAAACCUGGACCAGCCAAACAGUAAACGUGAAAUAAAUUACCCGGAACUGAAUUGAUUAAAGAAAACAUUACAAAACCAUUACAACAUAAAUAUUCCAAAACCAAAUGAGCAACUUCCAGUUUUUAAACCUAAAGUGACUCUCGUACUGUGACUCACUACAACAAUGGCAGCAAUGUAAAUAUUUGGCAUGUCUCUUCCUGGGACCUGGUGACACGUUUCUGGCGUGGGCCCCUCACAGUGCUGGGGAUGAGGAACACAUGUGGCCCACAGCUGUGCUGCAUUAACUCCCCAUCGCUUCUGAAUUCAGUUCCAGAAGAGGCUAUUUUUGAAAGUAUUAAUGUGCAUAGUGGCUGUAGUUAGACGUUUAAGGCUGCAGUGGAGUGUUUGUUUAAUUGAAUUAGUGUCAGUUCAGUACUGAUGCUGGUCAGAUGUGUAAAAUAGAGCAAAAAUGUGAUGUGUGUGACUUGUUUGUGUAUCUUUCUUUUGAUGUACAAAGACGACAGGCUUACCUGGGAUUAAUACAUAACUGUAUAGGUUGUUUAUUACUCAGCAUGCUGGACCAAAUGUAUUCAGUAUUUGACUAAUACAGCCUUUGAUGUUUUUUGCCAUGUUUGGUAUGGAAUGUGGUCCAGACUAGAUUAAUAAUGCAGGGAGCUUUGGCUCUCUGAGAGACCAUAGGAAAUUCUUUCAAGCAUUUUCAGGUUUCAAUCAGUAGGCUGUGUGAAUAACCUGGACUGUUCCUGGAGUCGUCCUGUCCAAACACACACACACACACACACACACACACAGGGAGACUGGCAGUACAACACAAAGGUGUCAGGUCGACGGAAAACCCGAGAGAGACUGAGGAAGGAGAAGCGAGAGCUAGGCUUGCAGCCACGGUCCUGUGUUGGGCUAAUAUUUUGUAUUUUCAGUCUUUACCUUUGUUUCAGUGCCAGCUCUCUUUUGUUCUUUAAAUAAACUUUUGGAAUUUUA